CCAUCAUGGAUGCACCUACAGGGUUAUUGGCCAAGUUGUGGAGCUUUUUUUGUUUCCUCCCAUUCUUCUUCUUGCUCUUCAUACUUGGCAUCAUCAAAGCUGCACUGAUAGGGCCAAUUGCAUUUGCAAUUAUUGUCAUUGGAAAUUCCGCUAUUUUCAUUGGACUUUGGACUGCUCAUGUUUUUUGGACAUACUACUGUGUGGCAAGAACAAAGAGGUUCGGACUGGUCCUCAAGGUUGUCCUGCUGAUAUGUUUGCCGGUUCCUUUGUUACUUUGGCCAAUAGUUGGUAUUGUUGGAAGCCUUUUGGGUGGAAUUGGAUAUGGGAUUUUUGCUCCACUUAUUGCAACUUUUGAGGCAGUGGGAGAGAAUGUUACCGACAAAUUUUACCAUUGCUUCAUUGAUGGUUGUUGGUCAACAAUUGAGAGCAGCUGCAUAGUGGUUCAGGAUGUCACAGACUUCUGUUUCCACUCCUAUUUUUCAUACAUGGAUGAACUAAGAGAAAAUUUACCCCCUCAUGAAAAGCCAUUAGAUAUCAGAUUGUCACUAUUACCAUGUUGCUUGUUGGUGAUCUUGGUUGGGGUGCCAUUUGAUAUGGCUUUAAUCACAUCUAUUGCUAUAUGGAAGAGCCCAUACAUGUUGUUCAGAGGAUGGAAGAGACUAUUAGAAGAUUUGAUUGGAAGAAAAGGACCAUUCCUAGAAACUGAAUGUGUCCCUUUUGCUGGCCUUGCUAUAAUCCUCUGGCCUUUGGCUGUUAUAGGGGCUGUAUUAGCAUCUGGCAUUUGUAGCCUUUUCCUGGGCCUAUACAGCGGUGUUGUUGUGCAUCAGGAAGACUCAAUGCAGAUGGGAUUGGCCUACAUUGUGUCUGUGGUUUCACUUUUUGAUGAAUAUGUGAAUGAUUUACUCUACUUGAGAGAGGGAUCCUGCCUUCCCAGGCCAACAUACCGCAAAAACAUGAAGCAUGCUUUUGAUAUGAAAAACCAUGGAGGCAGUGAUAAUAAUUUGAAAAAUAGGAGAGAAGAUUCACAAAAUUCAAAACAUGUCUCACAACAACCCAAAAAUUUGAAGUGGAAAAUUCAGCAAUAUAGACCUGUGCAGGUAUGGGACUGGCUGUUCAAGUCAUGCGAGGUGCAUGGAAGGAUAGUCCUUCGAGAUGGUCUAAUAAGUGUGAAGGAAAUUGAGGAAUGCAUUUUAAAAGGAAAUUGCAAAAAGCUAGGCAUAAAGUUACCAGCCUGGUCAUUGUUGCAAUGUCUUCUAACUUCAGCAAAAUUUAAUUCAGAUGGAUUGGUUAUUUCUGAUUAUGUGGAGUUGACAAGGAUGAAUGGACCAAAGGAUAAAGUGUUUGAGUGGUUUAUAGGACCUUUACUUAUCAUGAAAGAGCAGCUAAAGAACCUUAGGUUGGAAGAAAUUGAAGAAACUUGCCUGAAAGAACUAGUUAUGAGAUGCAAAAAUGAAUUACCGGAGGAGUGGGAUAGUUCUGGAUUCCCAUCUAAUGACUAUGUUAGAAGAGCACAGUUGCAAGCCAUUAUUAGAAGGCUACAAGGGAUUGUGGCUUCCAUGUCCCGAAUGCCAACUUUUCGACGAAGAUUUAGGAAUUUAGUCAAGGUUUUGUAUAUAGAAGCACUGCAGGCUAGUGCUUCAGCUAGUAUAGGAGGCAAUGCUAUUCUCAAGCAUAGGGAUAAGGACUUAAUUCGAAGCAAAGAAGAAGACAAUGUUGAUGAGCUUUUAAGCAAUAAUAAUGUUGAAUACAUUACAUAUGAAGAGGGAAAUAUUGUAUGACACAAUUGAAGACCCAAAGUUUCUUGUAAAUUCAGAAGGGUUUUGUAAUUGUUGUUGUUCUUUGUUAAUACCCUUUCCUUUUUUAGCUGUUUUACUCUCUUAUUGUUUACUUGAUUAUGAGAUUUUUUUUUUUGCUGUAUUCCAUUUAGAUGUAUUAGCUGAACCCUUCUUCCAUUUUUCUGUUUUAUAUACUUA